UCAGGUCCUGAAUGCACAACAGGAUCAGCAAGCAGAGAGUUAACGGUUCAGACUGGAGGAUCUGUCGUUAUUCCAUGUUAUUAUGACAGGAAAUACACAGAGCACAAGAAAUACUGGUGCUUUCAUGCAAAACCGGCAUAUAAUUACUGCUCUAUUCUGGCAUAUGCUAAUGAAACCAAAGGAAAAGUGUCAGUAAUGGAUCAUCCAGAUCAGAGUUUCUUUACUGUGACUAUGAGAAACCUGCAGCGUGAAGACACUGGAUCUUACUGGUGUGUUGAGGAGAUUGGAGGAAUAUUUCAAAAAGAUGAAACAGAGCAGCUUCAUCUCACAGUUCAAUCAGCUCCUGAUGUGUCUGUGAUGAACAGCAGUGUAUCUGGACAUGAAGGUGAUAAUGUCAGUGUCCAGUGUUUCUACACUUCUGGAUAUCAGAAUAAACACAAACAGUGGUGCAGAAUUAAAGAUCAGAGCUGUUACACAGUGGGGAGGAAUGACACAUCCCAGAAUGCAUCAGUCCAGAUCAGUGAUGACGGGAGAAGCUCCUUCACUGUGUUGAUGACUGGACUGAGACUCAGUGAUUCUGGAUGGUACUUCUGCUCUGCUGGAGAUCUGCAGGCUCCUGUUCAACUCUUGGUUCAGAGGGACAAUGAAAAAUAUAAAAAUACAUGUAAGUCAAUUUAUUUCAGUUAUCUUGUGGAAACAGACAGUUAAAUAGUUUAACAACUUAAAAGCUACAUGA